CUCCCCCUUUUCCUUUUUGAUGAUGAUUCCUGUUUACUGCUGGAAAAAUAGACAUUCUGUUGAUUUCCUCUAAUGUAUUACCUCAAGUACUUUUCUUUUGGUAUAGCAACAUUUACCUGUUUUUCAUUAAAUAAUUUCACAAAAUGAAAUGCCUUUCCAUUUCACAAAAAUCCACAAGAGGGCAAAGAAAGAUCUCUAUCUGUACAAAAACUUACAAGUGCAAUAUAAUGAAAAUAACAAUUUAUCAAUUGGUAUUGAGGAGUGGGAAAACCAGGAAUCAUUAAGAGCUGCAAUAAAUUCAGAAAGAACCUGGACAGCCAACUGAGUGGGAUGGUGCAACGUGGUGUCUUGCAACAGCAGGGGGCUGGACCCGAUGGCCUUCAUGGCCCCUUCCAGCUCUACUAUCCCAUGAGUCUAUGAUUCUGCGUAGAAGUGCAAGACCGGUGGUAUCCCGGUUGCCUGAAGAAACAGCACUACGGUAACCUUUCACCCAAGGUAAGGAGGUGCGCAUCAGUGGCACUGCUGCAGAAAAGGCUUGCCACACAGCCUUGGACAGUUCAGACAUCCUGCCUGGCUGCUGAAGGAAGAUCUGAAUAUGUUAAUAGACAAACUGGGCCUGCUCCCAUGGACUCUGAGGCUGCACUGCCAUGCAGCUGUGCAUUUCAUCUACUACGAUCUCCAACACAGAGUUAGUGCUGAAAAUCCGUGUGUGGUUGGACUUGUCUGAUACAGCAGGCCUAGCUGCCUGGAUUGCUAAAAUCAAUUUUAUUUGUUUAGAAUAGUUCUACACUGUCUUUCUGCCCUAUGCAAAGGCAGCAGAUGAUAAGUAAGAAUGUGCACAAAAUAACACAUGAAAAGAUUGUUUCAAAAGUCAUUUGUGACUUCUAAGAAGCCUCUGGGGGAGCAGUAUUGGGAAGCGUCCAUUCUGCAGGCCUGGGGUGCUGGUGGUGUAGCAGUUGCAACUGCUCUUUGAAACUUUCGUGGAGGAUUGUACCGAAUUAUCAAGGCCAGGUCCCAUGAAAUACUUUAGCUGUAGGGAGGAUGGGACAUCCCAUGGACAGCUGGACAGUCCAUAGCUGCUGGCUCUUCCUGAUUGCAGGAGGGCCUAAUGAAGGCUGUAAGGGCUGGUGGAAAAUGUCCCCUCCCAAGCAUUUAGACAUUGAUGGUGUGACAAACUGUACCCACCCGCAUCCCUUUUACGGAAUGAUCCUUGAACAAAGAGAUCAGGCCUGGCUGGAACACAGCUGUCUCCUAAAUUUGCAUCUUUACCUUAUAGACUGACUCCCCAGCUUCACCUUCUGCAUAACCCAGCUUAUAUAAAAGAACUGCAGCAGAAAUCACCCUGAGCAUCUAUGACCAGAUCCUCCCAGGCUAUGGAUUGGUCAGUUUGUAUUUCCGUAGUUGGGAAUUCUUCAGUUCCAUAGAAAUUCUCUAUAUUGCAUCAGUUGUCAGUUAAUGCCUGCCAAAGCCUGUCGAGUGCAUGAAAGUAGUAAGUGGGAAAUGGAAAACAAGGGAGAGCUACAUGGCAUGUCACCAGAAGGUAACAGAUACAAAAAGAGGCAACAGCAGAGAAGGAAAACUGAACCGGUCCGGAAGAGGGGGAAUGACUCUUCUGUUCUCCAGGGCAGUGACUCCCAAGAAAGUGCAAUUCCAGAAAGAAUAGGCAAAAUAAGUAAAACUGUUGUCAGAAUUAGUGAGCCAGCCCGUAAAAGACAAAGGACUUACCUUUUCCACAAAGAAUGGGAAGAGAGGUAUUGUUUUAUGGAUGUGAAUGGCAAAUCUGUAUGUUUGAUAUGUUCUUCAACUGUGGCAGUUGCAAAGAAACACAAUGUCCAAAGACAUUUUGAGAGAAAUCACAGUACUUUUGCCAAGAACUAUCCACUUGAUUCUGAGCUUCGAAAAAUGAAGGUUAAUGAAAUGAAAUCUAAAUUUGCAGUACAAUUGUCUGGCUUUACCAAGCCUGUGGUACAAUCCAAGAAUACAACAAUUGCAUCUUUUAAAAUUGCAAGCUUGCUUGUAAAGAGAAACAAACCGUUUGAGGAUGGGGAACUGUUGAAAGAGGUGUUUUUGACUGCGAGUGAUGCCAUUUUUGAAGGUUUUCCCAAUAAAAAAGAAAUCAUGGUGGCAAUUCAAAAGUUGCAAUUGUCUGGAAACACAAUUACCAGAAGAAUUCAGUGCAUUUCAAGUGACUUGGAGAAUCAACUGCAGAGCGAUUUACAGAAAUGUCUUUGGUUUUCACUUCAGCUUGAUGAAUCCACUGACAUGACAGACACUUCCCAGCUGGCAAUCAUAGUGAGAAUGGUUUUUAGUGAUCUUUCUGUGAAAGAAGAGCUGCUCAAAAUACUGUCUCUGAAAGGAAAAACAAGGGGUGAGGAUAUAUUUCAGACUUUUAAAAACUAUGUUACAGAAAUAAACUUGCCUCUUCACAAGCUCUCAUCCAUCACCACUGAUGGGGCGCCAGCAAUGGUAGGUUGCAUUGAUGGGUUCAUUGCCCAUUGCCAGAAAGAUGAAUCUUUUCCAAAGUUUGUUUCAUAUCACUGCAUCAUUCACCAAGAAGCAUUGUGUGCUAAAGUACUACAGUUUAAGCAUGUCAUGGAUGUUGUUACAAAAAUAAUCAACUCCAUCCGUGCAGUCUCCUUGCAACACAGGCUUUUUAAGGCACUUUUGAAGGAUGUUGAUGCUGAGUACAAUGAUCUCAUUUUGCACACUGAAGUUAGGUGGCUGAGUAAAGGAAAGGUUCUGGCCAGAUUUUUAAUCCUGAUAGAAGAAAUAAAGUCGUUUUUAAAGUCUAAAGAUCAGCAUGUUGAACAACUUUAUGACAGGUUCUGGUUGGUGGAUUUAGCUUUCCUUGCUGAUCUGAUGCAAGAACUAAACAGUUUGAAUAUUGAGCUGCAUAGAAACAAUAAGCAUAUUUCUGGGAUGAUUGCUUCAGUCAACUCUUUCAAAAGUAAACUGAGGUUGUGGAAGUCACACUUACAGAUUAAGUCACUUCUUCCGUUCCCUUCAAUGAGGCAAGUUAUUGGCGAGAGUGAUUUUAACAACCUCCCGUUUGUGAGCCACCUUGAAACUCUUGAAGAGCAAUUCCAUGCUCGAUUUCAGCAGUUCACUGACAUUGAACCAGUUGUGUCCUUCUUUGAAAACCCUUUCAGCCCAAUAGAUGUCACGGAGACAGCAGUGUCCAUUGGGGAACUCUGCCAGACUGGAGUAGAAGAGAUAGAACUGGAGAUUAUAGAGCUUCAAAAUGAUUUGGUUUUAAAAUCAAAUUCAGCUCAGGACAAUUUUUGGAAUCUGGUUGAUUCACAGAAGUUUCCUUUGUUGAGAAAGACUGCCGCAAAGAUAAAGUCUUAUUUUGGAUCGACUUAUCAAUGUGAGUCGGUCUUCUCCACAAGGAGAUUUAUCAAAUCAAAGAACAGAACACGAAUGACCGAUAAGCAUCUAGAUGAGUGUUUGCGAGUUGCAAUUUCAUCAUAUACCCCCAACUAUGGCAAACUGACCGAUGGCAUGCAGUGCCAAGCAUCACACUAGUCGGGGCUAUGCUGCUAGUGGGGACUGGGCAGGCAUCAGGUACCCAGAAUCUCUUUGGGUUUUCACUAGAACUCCCAGGUGCAACAUUGGAGCCAGGUGCAGAGGGCAACUCAGGAAGGUGGACAUAUUCUGGCCAGGCAUGUGUUUUCAGUACCAUACCUGGAUCUUGUGCAUGAUCCUGUUUCCUCCCAAGCUUUCUUGGUUUCAGUGGUAUAAUUUAGGAGAGGGAAAGGCCUUUUGUUUAAGGAUUGGCAGCUGGAAAUCCCAGCUGCUCUACUGCAAAUCAUCUGCAAAUUUACCAAUAGAUACCAGUUCACCUUGGGUCUGCUCUGGUGUAAGUUAGGUGCUGUGUGGCCACUUUGCACUAAUCAUUAGCUUAAAUAGGGCCAUCUUCACCUUGGCAAAUUUCUGUUGUUUUCUAUUUUGUAUUCUAUAAAUGUAGUAAAAUUACUAGUGUUAAAUAUAUCCUUUUAUUUGCAACUAUGAAUAUAUGUUUAUGUAACAACAGUCCAGAAUAAUUUUGUAUUGUUUUAUGUCUCAUUACUUUCACUGGAGCAGUUUUUACUAUGCAAAUAAAUAAAUGCUCUUUCAUAUAUGGAACCUCCUGA